GAGCAGUCGUCCAGUCGGAUCUAUUAUACAACCGGACAGACAAUGUCAAAGAAGCCUGUGCGUGUUAUGACAUUAGCUUGUUAGCUAGCAAGUGUACAUAUCAUACAUCUAAGUGUUAUGUUAACAUUUGUAAUUACACAGUAACUUGCGUCUGUCUUACUUAAUGUAUUAAUAUCCUCGAGGAAGAGUUACAGUUAAGCAGGUCCGUUCUCCAAACCAGUUAAACGUGGGCUAGCUUGGAAGAUGCGACUCACUUUGCAAGCUCUGAUCCAUGGCCGUGUGGCCCGUAAAAUGGGUCUGGGACCCGAGUCUCGGAUCAACAUGCUCCGGAACAUUUUGACAGGACUGGUUCGGCAUGAGAGAAUAGAGACCACACGGGCACGGGCAGAUGAGGUCCAGUUCUACGCCGAUAAACUGAUUGACUAUGCCAAGAGAGGAGACACGGACGUAAGAGCGAUGCAAAUGGCCAACUUCUGGCUCACGGAAAAGGAUUUGCUCCCGAAGCUUUUCAAGGUCUUGGCACCCAGAUUCGAGAACCAGGUCAAGGGUUACACACGCCUGGCCCGACUUCCCAACAGGGAGAACUUGGACCGGGCCUCCAUGGCUGUGCUGGAGUACAAGGGUAACCCAUUCCCUCCACUGUACCCAGUCAAACGGGAGAACGAACUGACUCUGAUCAAUCAGCUGAUGAAGGGCUACAGGGAGGAGAGGGCACAGCUGAGUGGCCCACAGUGAGCCCAGAGUGGGGGCGGCACAGAGAACUGUCUGAUGUCAAACUCAUCAAGAGCCUUUUUUGUCUGUUUGAAUUGAUUUACAAUGUAUGUUUAUGUUUUGAUUUGAUUUGUGAAGGUCAUUAAAUGAGAACAAGAAACUCAUUGGCACUUACUUACUUCCUAAAGUAAAGUGUUGAAGAUAAGGUCCUUUGUUAUAAGUUAGGUCCACUUCCUGGAUGACCCACAAGGGGGUACAAUAUUCAGUAGUUUAGUCACAGGCCUCCACUUUUCACUCAUUCCCUAGGUGCUGAGAUUAAGCAGAACAAAUCCGCUUGAAAAAAAAAAAACAUUGCACUUUUCACUUUCAGCUUCACAAUGAAGGAAGAAACGUUAGAUCUUUUAACAAAAUCAUUUCUUUUAAUUUGGCAAAAAGAGUACAUACAGCUGCUUCAGAUAAAUUCCAUUUGACACUCAAAACAGUUUCUGUUCAAGUCUCUGUGAACAGUAGUGUGCUCUUUACAGGAUCGUUCUCUGACGUGCUUGUUACUGUGCUGUUUUCUAUAGUAGGCAACAUUCAUAAGGUGACUGUGUCCUUGUAUGUGCAUCAUUCAUAGGAUUCCCCUUCAGGGUAUCGAUCAAUAAUAUCAUAAAUCAUGAAUUGUUAAGUUGUCCGACUGAACAUCUGUCAGCUGAUAGAUUUAGAUUAUAUGGACUAAUGUGGGUAUAAUGAGGAAUGAGAGAACACGCAAUAAAAAAAAAACUAAGCUAUUCCAACCA